UGUGUUGUUUUUUAUCUUUGAUCAUUCAUCUGUAAUAUUGACUUAAAAUGUUUUUUGUAUCGGUGUAAAUGAACCAUAGAGGAAGAAUAUGAACUAAGAUUUAGACAAAUUUUAAUCUAAGGAUAAGACAAUUUUAUCAGCUCUUCAGUAAUUACUUGAAAUAAAAAAUUCAAUUUGUUGCAAUGAACAGUUAAUGAAUGAGUUAUUGAUUUUGUUUAACAAAGUGUAGCAAUGGAAUUUUUUAAUUUUUUGGCAGAUUGUUUAAAAAAAAUGAAAUCUGAUGAUACAUUACCAAGAGUAACAUGUCCACGUAUGUAUAAUGAUGGUAAUCUAACAUUUGAAGGAUUAAUGGUGGUUUUCGCUUCAUUUUCUACAUAUUUGCAAUAUUUAAACAUAUACAGAUCAGUAUGGUGGUUGCCAAAUUCAAAUUAUACUUCAUGGAAAAUGCAUUUAAUUGAUCAACAAGUGGUUAUAUUUAUAUUAGCUAUGCAUUGUCGAAGGUUUGUUUAUUGCUUGAUCACUUGGGUUUUUCACAUUUUGUGUCCUCAAAAUUAUUGGAAAUUCAUCAGACUAUUUAUUAGAUUAUUUGUUACAGUAACACUAUUUCUUUUAUUAGCUUUAUUAGCAUUUGAUCUCUAUUUAAAGUAUGAUUAUUUAAUAAUUAUGUACCUAUUUAUGCCAAUUGUUGGUUAUUUAUGCUACUAUGGUUUUAAAGCAUGUCCAUUUUUUGACAUGAUGUGUAUUAGUGAAAAAGAAAUAAUUAUAAAUGGAAAACCAUUAAUUCAAUAUACAAAUAUGCAUGUAUGUACAUCAAACCCAAAAAUAAUUCGUACAGAAGUGGAAAAUAUGAGAGAUGAUUUUAACAAUAGACUGACUCAAAUACUAUUUUCUUCUUUUUUCUCUGCAUAUUAUGCAUGCUUUUUGCCACUAGUUUUUGUGCAAACAUAUGUGGUUUAUGAAGAGCAUUGGGUAUUAAUGCAUUUUCCAUUUGUAAUGAUGACCAUGGGCAUGAUGUUAUGUAUUCACUACUAUCCUGUUAAGUAUUUUGAUCAUUUACACAAAGCAGCCAUGCAUUUGGGCCGUUGGAAAAGGGUAAAAUUAGAUCGUCCUCAUUUGCCCAUACAUUUAUGGUCAGAAGAAGUGGUUUGGCAACAGGGUUCUCUCGUUCGACAUAAUCAAUGUUUAUACAAAGCCGAAGGAGUAUCAAAUGUGGCUGAACCUGGAAAAAAUGCUGACAAAAUGUUUUAUAGAAUUUUCAGUAACCCUUCAGAAACAGUAUUUUUUACAUUAGCAACAAUUCAAAUGUUAUUCAUGGGUGUAUUAAUUAUUGCACUAGUAAUAAGUUUUCAAUGGCAUCAUAUAUUUUAUCUUUCAUUUGUAUUGCUGCUAAAUUAUGUCACACUCUGUAAGACUAUGUUUAAUUACCGUAUGACGGCCAAGAUCUAUAAGUUGUUGAAGGAAAAAACCCAGUAAAUAUUGUUUACAAAACUGUUCAAGCACACCAGGCUCUACUUUUACCUUCUAUUUUAUCAAUAUAUUUGACUAAAAUGUACAUAUUAAUUAUGUAUAUAACAGGGAUGGGUAACUCAAAAUAACUAGAGCCAAUUUAUGAAACUUUAAAACCUGGUAGGCCAAAAUAAAGAAACUAAAAAAAAAUUAUCAUUCAAAUUGAUUUUUAGCAUUCAUUUUAAAUUAUUAAAUUUUACGACUGAACCAAUGCAAUAAAAUAAGUACCUAAUAUCUAUAGCCAUGUUAGGUAUGCCAAAAUGGAUUUAUAUUAUACUCCAUGUUCAUUUAUACGAUGAUAAUGUGGUGUUUACUCGGUGUUACAUUUUUUUUGCAAAUUUUGUGAUAAUUAUAUGUUAAUGUCCUAUGGUUGCUAUCUAUUUCUCUAUCGUUAAUUAUUAAUUGUAAUAAUUUUCGGGAGAAAAAUGGUGUUUAUCAAACAUUGUUAAGAGAACUUGCCUCAGAAGACCCAAAAUAUUUACUCUAAAGCCGGGUUUACGCGACGCAAAUCUGAUACGAAAGUCAAGAUUCGACAUGUUUCAUCCUAUCUGAACUUGCUUCGGGUAAUAAACUAGUCAAGCGAGGAUGUCUCGUGGUGAGCGGAUGCUUAUUCGGUAUUUGGACGCGCGUCAAAGAAGAUUCGUACAUUUGUUUCGCGUCAUGUGAACUACUUUUUUGAGCGUAGCCGCAAUGGAUCAAAAUCAAUGUACUGGCACACAUAUUGCCGUCAUCGUUGCGUCGCACUAACUGUGACUCGCCCUGAAUCACAUUGCUUCUCGCAUAGAUACGUAUAGUAUAAAAAUUUAGGUGAAUUAGAUGUCUCGCGAAGCAGCCUCGCAAAUCUUGCCUCGCGCUUCAGAUUUGCGACGUGUAAACCCAGCCUUACGAAAAUACUAUCAACUAUCAAGUCUUUUUAAUAGUGUGAUAGCACUAUCAUAAUAGUGCGAUUGUGACUAUCAUGAAAACUCCUACACACUGUACGAUUUGGUCAGAUCAGAUGUAAUAUCAGGUCGUGUCAGAUGACGUAAGUGCGAUUCCUUUGGACGCGUCUGUAGAUGCGCGGCCAACGCGGCUGCCAUUAUAACGGCCGAUCACGGAUUUCUUAAAACGCAGCCGCUCAUAUUUUUCAUACAAAAUAAAAUAUUUAUUGGAGCCCUUCAGUUGUUUUUCUACGUUUCAACAGUCAACUGUGUAUUGUUAAUUAUUAAUUUUAUUGUGUAUGGUGAAUAUCUAAAAUAUUAUAUACAGUGCAGUGUAGGACGUAUAUAUCAUGUCACUUAAUCUGCAAAAAAAGGAGACAUUUAUUAAACUUCUUCAUUUAGAAGAAAUAGAUGACGAAGAAUUACUUAACAAAUUUAUGUUAAAAAAAAAAAAUCAAAAUUUCCAUGAUAUGUUUCAAACUAGAAAAUUUGAAGAUUUUUUCAGUGUUUUAAUUAAGAAACAUUUAUUCCGUGACCAAAGAAAAUUUAGAGAGUUUUUAGACUUAGUUAUGAUCAAUUAACAUAUGUUUUAAAUUUAAUAGAAGAUCAGAGCCAGAUCUAGGGGGGGAAGUCGGGGAUUUAUCCCCGAGCGUAACAUUUUAGAGGGUGUAAAUUUUGUAAUUAUUAACAACUAAUUUGAUAUUUUUAACUUCGUUAAAUACU